AUGUUGUGGCAAGCCUCGUCCUCCAUCACGGCCGCCCUCCUGGUCUCCCUCGCAUCCGCCACGCCCCAGAUCCCCGGCCAAGUGCUCACCGGCACCGUAGGCAAUGCCACCAUCGCCGGGAACCCCAGGGGCCCCGACGUGCACGGCAAAUACGAGAUCCGGGGCCCCGGCAUCCGCGCGCUGUUCGUGCCAUACGGGGCGGCCAUCGCGAACCUCUUCCUCAACGACACGGCCGGCAUCGAGCGCGACGUCGUGGGCGGCUUCGACAACGCCAGCUACUACACCGUCGACCGCCAGCACCCGCACUUCGGCGCCGUGCCGGGCCGCUACGCCAACCGCAUCCGCAAUUCCAGCUUCGAGAUCGAUGGCCAGACGUUCCAUGUGCUGCCGAAUGAGAACCCCGAGCCGGGCAGCCCCAAGGGCGUCGAUACGCUGCAUGGCGGGCCUGAUGGCUGGGAUUGGCGCAAUUGGACGGUGGUCGCCCAUACGGAGGACAGUAUCACCUUCAGCCUCACGGAUCCGGAUGGCGAUCAGGGAUUCCCGGGGGAGGUCGUGAGUUAUGUGACGUAUACGCUGGGCAAUAUGACUUGGGAUCUGAGGAUGGUGGCUGUGCCGACAGAGAAGAAGACGCCGAUUAUGUUGAGUUCGCAUACAUACUGGAACCUCGACGGCUUCGCCAAUAACGAGACGGCCCUCGCUCUCAAUCACUCCCUCUGGCUCCCCUACGGCGGCCAGCGCGUCGGCACCGACCCGAUCCUCAUCCCAACCGGCGACAUCCUCGCCAACGCGCCGCAAUCCGUGAACGAUUUCUGGACCGCGCCCAAGCAGCUCGGCGCCAACUUCACGAACCCGGCGCUGCUGGGCAACUGCGGCGCGAACUGCACCGGCUACGACACCUGUUUCUUGACGAACCGCCAGCAGCCCUACGAUUGGCGGCAGGCGGGCCCGGUGGCGCGCCUGCGCAGCGCGUGGAGCGGCAUCCAGGUCGAUGUCUUUACGGACCAAGAGGCUUUCCAGGUGUAUUCGUGCGGUGGGAUGAAUGGAUCGAUGGCGCUCAAGUCAACGCAGGGCCUGUUCAAUGUUACGGAGCGGCCGCGCGUAAUCGAGCAGUACGGCUGCGUGGUCAUGGAGGUCGAGGACUGGAUCGAUGGCAUUAACCAGCCGCAGUGGGGACGGCGGGAGAAGCAGAUCUACGGGCCCGGCGGCGACCCCUACGUCUUGCAGGCGAGCUAUAAGUUCAGCCUGAACAGCACGGCCGUGGGCUUGCUGGGCCCGGGCAGUGGAUAG